CAGCGUCCUGUUAGCCGCUAGCUCAGUUGACAUCCUGGCUUGAGGUGACGCGCACUUCUUAGAAGACUCGCAGGACCCGACCCUCGAGUCAGCAGCCGGUGUUUGGAAAACUCUCAGGGAGCCGCCGCUCGCCACCGAACCUCCGCUCCGGCUCCAGCCCUUCACAGAGGUCUGACUGCUCCUGUCUCAGACCAGCGAUGGGUGUCUGGAGAGGGCUCAGGUGCAGGAACCUGCUGGUCCUGUCGCUGCUCCUCUACUUCCUGCUCCACAGCCAGGACGCGCACGCACGCCCGGCCAACAUGUCCGCCGCCAAAGACAAGAGUCCUGACAACAAGGAUGAGAACGAGAUUCUGCCGCCAGACCACCUGAACGGCGUGAAGAUGGAGCAGGACGGACACCUGAACAAGGACUUCCAGAAGGAGGUGUUUCUGGGCAAAGACAUGGAGGAGUUCGACGAGGACUCUGAGCCUCGGAGGAACAGGAAGAAGCUGAUCGACAUCUUCACCAAGGUGGACUACAACCAUGACAAGAGCGUCAGCGCCAAAGAGAUGCAGCGCUGGAUCAUGACGAAGACCGAGGAGCAUUUCCAGGAGGCCAUGCUGGAGAACAAGAACAGCUUCAAGGCCGUGGACCCGGACCACGACGGUCUGGUGACCUGGGACGAGUACAAAAUCAAGUUCCUGGCCAGCAAAGGCUUCAAUGAGAAGGAGGUGGCGGAGAAGGUGAAGAAGAGCGAAGACCUGAAGCUGGACGAGGAGACUCAGGAGGUCCUGGAGAGCCUGAAGGACCGGUGGUACCAAGCCGACAGCCCGCCUGCAGACCAGCUGCUGAACGAAGAGGAGUUCCUGUCCUUCCUGCACCCGGAGCACAGCAAGGGCAUGCUGAAGUACAUGGUGAAGGAGAUCGUGAGGGACCUGGACCUGGACCAUGACGGCAAGCUGACCCUGUACGAGUUCAUCUCCCUGCCCGUGGGCACCGUGGAGAACCAGCAGGCCCAGGACAUCGACGACGAGUGGGUGAAGGAGCGCAAGAAGGAGUUUGAGGAGGUCAUCGAUUCAGACCAUGACGGCAUCGUCACCAUGAGUGAGCUGGAGGAGUACAUGGACCCCAUGAACGAGCACAACGCUCUGAAUGAGGCCAAGCAGAUGAUCGCGGUGGCAGACGAGAACCAAAACCACAACUUGGAGCUGGACGAGAUCCUCAAGUACAGCGAGUACUUCACCGGCAGCAAGCUGAUGGACUACGCCCGCAACGUGCACGAGGAGUUCUGAAGUGCGGCAGCCAUCUUGGCUGCUGUUUGAGAGACGAACAGAUGCGAUUGUGUUUUUAAGAAUCCUCCUGCGCCCGCAGACCUCAGGCCCCCUGCUCUCCUCCUGAGCCUCUGCUGUUCCCAGUGUGUGUGCGGGUGUGUGAGAACAGUCUCGGGGUUCCAGAGCCAGGAACUGAGGGGGCGACGUCAGAGGGGGGCGGCCUGGUGGCCCCUCAGUCUGAGACAAAUCUAUUGAAAAUGUUCAAACUGCUAUGAUCUUUAUUUAAAGCUCUAUUUUCACCCAGUGGCAGCGACACUAUUUUGGAAAGACCCUUCUGUUGAUGGGGAUGUUGCAGAUGAGAGUUUAAUAUAUGAGGCGCCAGUCUUCACAGUGGACUUCAGCCUUGGUGGACGCCCCACUGGCUCACUGUUUUUUUUUUUAAAUAAAGUUUUCUCGUGAUGAGUCCAA